AUGUCAUCUACCAAGAAGAAAUCCAAGUCGAAAGCAAAAGCGAUCAACAUCCACGAUCUCACCCAACCUAUCCUCUUUUCAGACCAAAUAAUCCAGCGAAUCCUAUCAUACAUCCCUACCAACAAUCAAAGUACUCUCGCUUCCUGCGCUUUGGUUAAUAAACAAUUCAAUCGAAUCGCCACACCACUUCUUUGGAGAUGGCUUGAUCUUUCGUCAGCGACCAGCACCGACGAUGGCUCCGAAGAUGGUACCGACACUGCGGCUCCACUCGAUACUUCGCACUGGACCAAAGAACAUCUGGAGAUGGUGAAGGUACUCUCGAUCGAUACGCAUAAGCAAGAUUGGUGCAGCGCUUUUGUACAGUUCGAUAUGCCUAAUUUGGAGACCCUUCGACUGACGGUUGGUAGAAUGUAUGGUGGAAUAGGACGAGUCCAUUCCGUCCAAUCCUCUCCCCCUCCUUCUCAAACCAGACCAUCUUCAUCUUCCACCGCACAGUGUCCUCUCAUCCAGAAUCUCAAACCUAAAGACGUCGUGUAUCGUGAAACACCUUCUUCUUCGUUCUACUUGGAUCCCAGCAAUCUCUGUCCGAGCAUCUGGUCAGAAGUUGAGACCCUCAUAAUCCUCAUUCCACCUGUCGGAGCAAAUAAGUCUUUCGUACGAAAUAAGGAUCUCAUCAAACUCGUACCCAAGCUCAAAAAGGUGAUUUGGAUAUUCGAUCCUAGUCAGGUCGAUCUGAAAUCAAAAUACAAUACAGGUAAUUACGAUCAUGGAGAAAUCGAUUUCAUAUCUUCGUUAUUACUCAAAAACCAAAAAGUACGAUUUGAGAUUGUGAACUGUGGCUGCACAGCUCUCAGAUUUCCCAAAACGUAUAGAGGGUCUAUCGAAGAUGCUCACGACAGUUAUCAGGAAAGUUUCAUCAAGAAUUAUUGGGAUGAAUUGGAAGAAGCUGCCUAUAGAGAUAAACAAUCAAAUGCGAAGAACAAUAAGGAGAAUACUGAAACCACCAAGUCAGAAGACGAAGAUGACAACGAUGACGAUGACGAUGAUAGUGGAUACACUUCCUUCGAUUUCUACUCCAUUGAGGAGUUUGUGGAGAAAAAGGAGUGGUAUAGAUGGUUUGGACCUGAGGAGAUCGUUAGGUGGAAAAAGGUUAACGAAGAGAUUGUCGGGGGUAAGAAAAAGAAGAGUAAAGGUAAGAAGUAA